CAGACACCCAGGCUUCAGGCUGGCUGCUCUCCUCCAGCAAGGGAGCCCUUCACCAGCCAAGCAGCUCGGCGUUUCCCCAGCCACCCCAGACACAUGCUCAUGCACGCAUACACGCACGCGCCACCACACACCACACCUGUCCGUGGGCCCGCCCGGGGCCUGCUUCUAGGUCAAGCUUGGACAGGAUUUCCUGGGAGGAGCAGUUAGCAAGUGCUGCUAGUCGCGUACUGUGGCUGGGGGCAUGUGGGGACUUGACUGGGGGCACCCCAUGGGGACCCUAACCCUGACAGCUCUAGCUGAAGGAAUACGGUCAAGCCAGAGGCAGCCUCUGGGACCCCCUUCCACAGGCCCUCAGCCUGAGUCCCAGGAGCUUGGAUCUCAGGCUGAGCUGCAGGACCAGGCACCCAUUAAUUAUGAAGCUGAGCCUGGAAGUGGGACCACUGACCCCAUAGCUGGCUGUGAGCCCUGCUCCCCACACAAUGCCCAGGAGCCAGCCCCAGAGGGGCCCCAGCAGGCCUUCCAGAGUUCCUGGGAGGAGGGUGCUCUCUCUGACCUUGCGCUCUACACGGCUGCCUGCUUGGAAGAGGCUGGCUUGGCAGGGACGCAGGCCACAGCACUCACCCUGUCCUCAGCCUUGGAGGCCCAUGGGGCACGACUGGGAGACCAGGUGCAUGCCCUGGUGCGUGGGCUGCUGGCACAAGUGCCCAGCUUGGCCGAAGGGAGGCCGCGGCGGGCGGCCCUGCGGGUACUGAGCACACUGGCCCUGGAGCAUGCACAGGAUGUGGUGUGGGCGCUGCUGCCACGGUCGCUGCCUCCAGAUCGGGCAGCGGCAGAACUGUGGCGCAGCCUCAGCCGGAACCAGCGCGUGAACGGACAGGUGCUGGUGCAACUGCUGUGGGCGCUGAAGGGAGCAGCAGGGCCUGAGCCCGAGGCGCUGGCGGCCACGCGGGCUCUUGGGGAGAUGUUGGCGGUGUCCGGCUGUGUGGGAGCCACGCGAGGAUUUUACCCACACCUGCUGCUUGCGCUGGUCACACAGCUACAUGAACUGGCUCACGGGGCACGCUCUCCUGACAGCCCUAAGGUUUGGGCCCCGUCCCACCGAGGGCCACCACACAGCCAUGCCAGCUGUGCGGUGGAGGCCUUGAAGGCCCUGCUCACCGGGGAUGGUGGUCGCAUGGUGGUCACCUGCAUGGAGCAAGCGGGAGGCUGGAGGAGACUGGUGGGAGCCCACACCCACCUAGAGGGUGUCCUGCUGCUGGCCAGUGCCAUGGUGGCACACGCCGACCACCACCUUCGAGGCCUCUUCGCAGAUCUGCUUCCCCGGCUACGCAGUGCCAACGCGCCGCAGCGCCUCACCGCUAUGGCCUUUUUCACAGGGCUGUUGCAAAGCCGGCCCACCGCACGGCUACUGCGGGAGGACGUCAUCUUAGAGCGGCUUCGGACCUGGCAGGGCGACUCUGAGCCCACAGUGCGUUGGCUGGGCCUGCUAGGCCUCGGCCACCUGGCCCUGAAUCAAGGGAAGGUGCGGCAUGUGGGCACGCUGCUGCCGGCACUCUUGGGCGCACUGGGCGAGGGCGACGCGCGGCUCGUGGGUGCAGCGCUGGGUGCACUGCGGAGACUACUGAUGCAAAGGCGAGCUCCGGUGCGGCUGCUGAGCCGGGAGCUCCGGCUAAGCCUCCCGCCGCUGCUGGACGACGCCCGGGACUCGGUCCGCGCCUCGGCUGUCGGGCUCCUGGGGACGUUGGUGCGACAGGGCCAGAGUGGGCUCCGUGUGGGGCUCCGCGGUCCCCUGCGGAGGCUCAUCCUACAGAGUCUGGUGCCGCUGCUGUUGCGCCUUCACGACCCCAGUCGGGACGCUGCUGAGAGCUCGGAGUGGACGCUGGCCCGCUGUGACCAGGCUCUUCGCUGGGGCCUGCUGGAGGAGAUGGUCACUGUGGCCCACUAUGACAGUCCUGAGGCUCUAAGCCGUGUCUGCCGGCGCCUGAUUCAGCUCUACCCCAACCACCUGCCCCGCUUCCUGAGCCAGACCCAGGGCUAUCUGCGGAGCCCUCAGGACCCACUGCGGCGCGCUGCCACUGUGCUCCUAGGCUUCCUGAUUUAUCACGCAAGUCCCAGUCGAGUCAGCCAGGAGCUGUUGGAUUCCCUGUUCCAGGACCUAGGGCAGCUGCGGAGCGACCCCGAGCCGGCGGUGGCCGCGGCGGCGCACGUGUCUGCCCAGCAGGUGGCGCUGCUGACCCGUUCGCAGGACCGACGGCGCGGUCCUCGCUUCCUGCGCCUCCCUUGGCGUCGCGCCCGCUCAGUUCAGCCCGCGCCUCUCUACGACGACAGCCCGUUCCAGCGUAGGAGCCUCGCAGGCCGCUGGGGCAGCUCGGGAACCCACUGAGCCCAAGCUAGGGCCCUCGGACCAGCGUCUGACGGGGACACUGACUCACACAAUCCUCCGUCCCCACGAUGGCAGAUCUGCAAAGGGUACCCUGGGCCUGGAGCUGGACGCCAUCCCCUGGCUCUGGGACUCUUCUCCAGAGAUCACCACGUGACAGAGAGGGACAGCUGGUACCAUUUCACCCUGAGCUCCUCCCCUCUCGAAUCCCCGGGUCCAUCUGUCCCCUGCCAGGCCUAUUUUCCUAGUCCCCUGGAGUGUGCCCUGUCCUAACUUUGGCUUGGCAUCUGGCCUAGAGGACAUCUGGCCUCUUAAAUGGGGGUCUGGUAGGGACACUAUGGAGCCACACACCACAGGCUGUCCUGCUCCUUCCUGGACUCUGCCUUCGCCCGCCACAGCAGACCAGCCCUGCCGGCAGUCAUCACCCUCUCCUUACCCUGUCCCUAUUCCUGAUUGCUGUCCUGGUUUAUGUCCUCUCUGCCCUCCUGAGGAC